CGUUCAAUAACCAACUGCAAUUUAUUUAAAUAUCGUUAUCAGUGCAGAUUUAUUGACAGUUCGACUUUAACGUCUGAGCAAAUUGCCAGUGAUUGGAGCCACUCUAAAGGAAUAAGUUAGUUUUGUUAGGCUACUUAAAGGGUCAAAGCGAAAGAUGUUUUGCGAAUGCUGCGGCGCUAAACAAAAAGUGACUUCGAAUUUUUGCAAAGAAUGCGGAACGAAAAUUGAAAGGCAAUCAGACGGAUGUUGUGACGGUAGAAGGCAAGGAUCUGAAAAGGCAGAACUAUCUUCACAACUGGAAGCAACGUCCCGUUUUCCUUCCCGUUUGAAUGAUGGGAGUGAAGAAAUUGACAUAUACCAUAGACAACCAGUAUCAAAUAGCGAGCGGCCAAUUUCGGGUAAAGACGGACGAAAAGAAUGGCCUUGUCAAAAUGAAGAAGUUGAAAUUGAUUUCGCAGAACUUGGCACUGACUGGUAUGAAGAUGUUCCGAUAUCAGAAGAAGAGAUGGCUGAGUAUGAGACAAUGUUGAGAGACAGCGGCUACAGCGAACUUAUCAAGAAACUAGACGAAUCGAAUAGCGAAUGGAGCCAUUCGACAAUAAACAUUGCCGUAACAGGUGAGGCGGGGACAGGUAAAUCUACGUUAAUAAAUUCUUUAAGGGGGUUGAAAGCAGACGAUGAUGGCGCAGCAAAGACUGGGUGCACAGAAACUACAAAGAUGAUUACUUGUUAUCCGCACCCAGAAUAUCCCUACCUAAAUGUGUGGGACCUACCGGGGGUUGGGACUCCAAAUUUAACGCGUGAACAAUAUUUCCAAAGUGUUGUUGAUUUUAAGAAUUAUGACUUUUUGCUCCUUGUUUCAAGCACUCGUUUUAAGGAAAAUGACAUGUGGCUGGCAACAAUCAUUAUGGAAUGUAAACCAAGCGCAAACUUGUUUUUUAUCAGAACAAAAAUUGACAACGACUUGGAAAACGUUAAACAAGAACGGCGGAAGUCUUUGAAUACAGGAGAACUCACAAAUAUAGUAAAACAGAUUAAAGAAGACUGUCUUGAAAAUCUCAAAAAAGGAGGAAUAAAAGACCCUAAGGUUUUUGUGAUAAAUAGUCACAAAACUGAAACGUUUGAGUUUCAUAAACUAAACGUGACUUUGAUCAAAACUGUUUCUGACUUGAAACGAGAUGCAAUGACACUUUGUAUAGCCACCCUCAGUGAAGACAUACUUAUUAAAAAAGUUGAGGUUUUAAGCAAGCGAAUUUCCAAAAUUUCAAACAAUGCCGCUUUAAGAGCGGCUUUCUCCAAUCGCGAAAACAAUCAAAAUCGUGAAUUAAAAAUUCUAAUGAAUGAAGCGAUUCUGUACACAAGACAUUUCGGAGUCAGCACAGAAUCCUUGAAUCUUGUUGCUAAGAAAUUUAGAAAAGAUAUGAGUGAGCUGAAGAACACCAUUCACGUGCAAUCUGCUGGGAUUUUGGAAUCCGAGACGAGUUUUGAAAAGUACUAUGAACGGUUUGAAGAAAAAUAUAAUUCUUCAAUUGUUGACAGAAUUCCAGUGAUUGGUCCCCAAAGGAAAUUUCGAAAGGUUCAGCGCCAAAGCGCAGCUGUACUCAAAAGUAUCUUGAAUAUGUGUAAAUCUGAAAAUCAACGACUUCAGACCCAAAUUGCUCUUUGGACAAACACUCAUAGUUAAUUAUAAUCCAUAGCACCGUAAUGAUUUUUUUAACUUUGUGUUGAUUCAAAAAGGUACACAAUUCCAAACACGCAUAAUUUCUGUACCAAACAAUAAAAAAGGUAUUAAGAGAAAACAUUUGCGAUAUAUUACUCCAGUGUUAAUAUCGUGUUGCUUUUUAUAAUGUGUGUGUUCCAUUUAACGCAAAUAAAACCGAACAUUUCGGAGUCGGGUCCACACUAGACAUCGAUGAUGAAACCGCGUUUAGUAUGUGUUUCGUAUGUCAUGGUUGUUAACUUUCUUUAUUGCAAUAAAUAUAUAUAUAUUAUAACGACCGACGUUGUUAUAUACUGUGUAGUUUUUUUUGUAGCUGUUUGUUGUAUUACUUCUUUAACUUUAAGUUUUAAAUAGCUCAUAAAACGUUUAAAAAAUGCUUAAAUGAUUGUUAGAUCUCGUAGUAAUCAAUGAUGAGCUUUAUGGAUACCAUGAUGGCCAUCGUUGGUAAAUGAAUGCGUGUGAGUUAACGGUUUCUUCUAACGUCUUCACUACCGCUCAUUGGGUCAUUGUCGACCUGAAAUGGUCCACAAGUCACCCGGGGUGACUAGAAUCCGAUUCAUGUCACUCUGGGGUGACUUCAAGCCGACGCUAGUCAGCCCCGGGUGACUAGAAUCGGCUUCAUGUCACCUCAGGGUGACACGAAUCGGCUUCUAGUCAUCCCCUGGUGAUAAGAAUCGGCUUCUAGUCACCCGUGUAUUUUUUUUCAAACAGCAUCGCAUCGCAUUUCGAUGUCGUAAAAAGCGCGCGCGCGUUCGACCAGAAAGCGGCUUAUUCCGAAAACAACAACAACAACAAAAUGUAAAUAAAAAUAGAAAACGAACGACCAAAUAAUGUAUAUUUUGUUGAAAAAGUAAAAUUGUUGACGCGGGUGACUUUAUGCUGAUUUCGAGGGUGACUAGAAUCGGCUUGAAGUGACCCCGGGUGACAAGAAUCGGCUUCAUGUCACCCCGUGUGACUACAAUCGGCUUCAUGUAACCCGGGGAUGACUAGCGUCGGCUUGAAGUCACCCUAGGGUGACAAGAAUCGGCUUCUAGUCAUCCCCGGGUGACUUGUGGGCCAUUUCAGGUCGAUAAUGGCCCAUUGAGCUUCACUACCUAAGCAAAUGUUAACGAAUCUUCACUGGUAAAUCCUAAGGUGACCCGCUUAACAGCUGUUCAACUCUUUCCGGUCCGCUACAUCUGUUAAUCACCAGAACUAAAUAUAUUUCACAAAUUAAAACUUCACAAAUCGAACCCAUAGGUCAAAAUGCUGCAAUAAUUGUAUGUGACAUAAGAAAGUAGUUAUCUGAAAUUAUUGUUCAAAUCAUGCCCUGUAUUGAAAAUUCUCUAACCCUAAAUAAUAAGAUUAUUUAUAUUUGUCUUUUCUUUAACAAAUACAAGAGGUGAAAUAUUAAAAAUGGUACGUAAUAUUCUGGUUAUCUACUCAGUUUGUUUGUUGUAUUAAGUCGGAAUAGAAAUAUGAGUGUGGGUUUUUCAACUAUUUUACUGAAUUUACUUAAUUACCACAAUUAUCGUAAUUAAUUCACUUCAUUACCACAAUAUUUUUUUUAAUUCAUAACACAAUAACUCACACAGCUUUUAUAUUUGGUAUGUUACAUCUGAUUGUUGCCAUCUACCACGAGAGUAUUUAAAUCAUGCGCCGUCCUUAAAAGCUUACCACGUUAAUGGGUGAGCAGGUGAGCGAUUAAGGGCCAUUUUUGUUUAAAAUGAAUCACUUGAUUUAGUUUAGUUGUGUAAUUAUAAAAUUGAUGUUUGUACAUGUAUAUGUUUUAGUUAAAAUGAGUGCACCAUAUAACCGACUUAAUUGUUUUCCUAUCAUUAUUGUAUCUGUUUAAAUCACUUUAUCUCAUAUAACGCUCGCAUUUAUUAAAUGAAAAAUGACUAUGUAUGUAUUCAUUCAAUUUUAAUUGUAUCAUUUGACGUGUAAAUUGUGUUGUUUUUUGUUGUUUUUAACUAUUAUGUAGUGUCUGUUUACUUAAUAAUGAGAAAAAAAUGCGAUAAUGAUGGGAUAUCUGAUACUUUAUGAAUUCAGAUUAUUUAAUAGAUUUUCAAUUUACUGAUAGGAAAUAAAUGUUUAUCUGUAAGUCAUGGUUCAAUGACUGGAAUUAACUUUUUAUGUGAUAUAUUCAGAAAUUGAACCUUUAUUUGUGUUGAGGAAUAAAAUUGAAUGUUCAAUUUAUACAUAAAUUCAUUAAUUACACAGGGGUGGCAAGAGCAAUAGAUACAUUUAUGAAAACAUAUUGUAUAUCUUGUCACACAACAACAUACAAAACCCUUUUUGCCCAUAUUAUUACAACUUCUACUUAAAAAGAACUUUGUGCUAAAAUUCGAUACAACAUUUUAAAUAAAAAUAAUGAGCAAUCAUCAGUUAAAGUUAAAUCGCGCACAAAACUCAAUACCAUAAUAAAUGAGAAAGAAUGGAAUUGCAUAUUUUAGCUAACUUACUUAAAAGACCUUGUUCACAGAUUUUAGUAAGUUUAAAAAUGUGUCAUUAGAAGCUUUAAAUUGAUAAAUUCAAAUAUCGAAACUAAAACACUUUUUUUAUAAAACAAGAAUAAAAAUAUAUAGAGAAAAAGGUUAUUCAAACCUGGGCUCAAACCAUGGACCCUUUGAGUAAAAGUCUAACGCUUUAACCACUCAGCCAUCAGUGCUGAUGUACACCUCAUAAAGUUUUUUUUACUUUAUAUACGCAAUCCAGGUAAAGUCACAAAAUGUAACGAUAACAACAACGUUUCGCGUUUGUAACGCUAAAUAAUUUUCAGGUUUUUAUUUCGUCAAAAGAUGCAUAUAAUGGAUAUUUUAGAGCACGGUAAAAGUUCAGUAUUAUUAUUUUUUCGCAAAUAACAUAGCUACAACGAAAAAUUGCAAAUUUGAAACCUUUUUGUUUUCAAUUUUGUCAAUUACUAAACUGUGAACAUGACGUUUUAAUGCUCAUUUAUGUAAAGGUGCAGUGGUCCCAACACAGAUUAAUUCACAUGAUAUUUGGAACAGUCUUUUCAAUAAAAUGAAAACUACUGCUGAUAAAUACUGUUAAUUUUGCAAACAUCCUCAAAGUGAGGAAACUUUAGAACAUUUAUUAUGGGAAUGUCAAAUAUCUAAAGAAAUUAUUGACGAAGUGUAACCAAGACAAUAUUUUCCUUUUAUUAAUAUGACAUUUCUUUUACUUGUAUAUUCGACAAAGUAAGACAUAUCCAUGAAUCGUGUUAUUUUGUUUAUUAAGAUAUUCUUAUAUAAUGUAAAAUGAAUAAACUCAUUCCAUGCAUAAUAGGGGCCAAGAAAUAAACAAAGUACGAAUAUGAUAACUUAAGAAAAAUCAAUUUCAAAGACAAUAAUUUAAAAUCCUUUGACAGUGAAUUGGCAUUGUUAAAUGCUACUGUCUCAGCAACUUGUAAUUUAAAAUGUAUGGUUGUUGUAGAUUUUAACAACCUUUUACAAAUACUAUUAAUAUUGUACCUUUAUUUAAAAAUUGAAUGUAGGACCUAUUUGCCAUAACGUACUAAUACAUGCACUUAUGUGUUUGCCUUUUUUGAUUUGUUAUUACAAUUUAUAAGGAUUUUUUGUCUUUAUACACUGGAAAAUUUCUAUUUUAUUAUUGUUUCUCUUUGCCUUUUUAAAGAGUGUACCUGAUUCAAUGAAAUAACAAAUUAUGUACUUUAUUUACCAAACAAAUUUAUGAAAUCUUUAAUAAAGAUAUGUUCUUGCCUAACUUAUUUUAGCAAAAGGUAUAUUUACACCCUUAAGAGCAUUUUGUAUACAAGAAAAUGUACAUGCAUUUUUUUUAUAGAAUCUUUCAAAAAUGUAUGUAUAUAACUUAAGAUGCAAUUAAAUUGUAAUUGUUAUUUAUAAUAUGAAUGAUUGAUGAUUAAAAUGUUAUUAAUAUAUAUUGCAGUUGUGUAAAUAUGUAUAUAUGUACUAAUACUUCAUUUAGGAACCGAUUUCCACGCACCUUUUUGAAAAUUUAAUUCAUUUACUUAAAGAUAUAAUAUUAAUUGUGUUUACUUAAAUAUAUAUUAUUAAAUGUAUUGUAAGUGGUUUAUGUUAUUGUACCCGAUCUACCCACUGUGCAUUCACCAGGUCUCUAUUUUAAAAAAAUUAUGUCGUAGUGUGCUACUUAUAGCUAUAAUUUCUUUGUUUUAAAAUGUUUAAUUUAAUUCUUAUAUCAUUUUCACAACAGUUAUCGUUAUUGUAUUUAAAUACUGUUCUAUAAAGUAAAUAUAAACUUUGCGUAUUAGUUGCUUUGUCUAUGUACAGUAUGCUAUUAUAAUAUGAAUAACAAUCAAUACUCAAAAUAUCAGAUAAAAUAAGCCAACUCAGACGUAUUGGACAAAUAUAAAAUGUUUAUUUAUUUCACUAUAUUUUUAUUACGCAUGUUAUCUGAAACACUCGUAAAUUUGGUAUUAGAUUAAAUAAAAUGUAU